UUACUAGGAAAACCGCUUCUCUUCCUAAAUAUCGUCGUGAGUUGUACGGCAAAAUGCUGUCGUCCUGCAAAAUUAUAAGUAGGAGAAAAUGAGUGCAGAAAGCGAAGACGCAGCUACGGCUGCUAUGGAGAAUCGUUCGAAGGCAUCAACUACCGUCUACUCAGGCUACAAAUGCGCUUUUUUCACAUCAUUGUUGGUCGCAGCUCUUGCUGUUGUUGUCGAUCGCCUUGUGAUAACACCAGUUUUGUUUGAGAGAACUCAUUAUGGCGAUAUCAGAGACACAAGCUCAAUGUAUGACGUGGUGGAUGAAGAAGUAGUUAGCUUGUUUGUGACCUACGAUGAAAACUUGGAUAGGUUGCUGGACUUGUCAGAAUUUGUUAAAGUUGCCAACAGAAUUUUGCAUCGAAAAGCACCUGCAGAUGACCAUCAGGUUGAUGUUAACACUGUUGCAUUUGCACCAGAUUGGCCAGAUACUGGCAAUACAGCACAGCUAACCCUUACUUGUCAUUUCACUCCCUUGGUUCUCUCCACGAUGACGAAGUACUCAGACGAUUCACAGAACACUGUCACAGGUAAUGAACACCAAUUGCAAGGGCUGAAGUCCUGGACAAAUUGCAUUGUUCCCAUGGCAACAUAUCCUGUUACUGCAUUUGCAGCAUUUUUGCCUUACCCAGUCCUUAAGCCAUCAUUGGGCCAACCAUGGUACAUUGUUGAAUCUAUGAUUGAGAAAAAUGGUCCAGGUUUGACCAGUAACCGGUACUACCCUACCCCUGUCAAAGGAAGACUGGCCAUUCUUUAUCAACUCCUCACCAUAUUUCAUCCACGACCAUUUCUUCUGACAAGAUUUCCUCCACAAGGAACAAUUGCUUGUGUUCGGGCAGAGAACCAGGAUUAUUUGGACAUAGUUUUCAGGGUGCAUGCAGAAUUUCAGUUAAAUGAACCUCCUUUGUUGCCGUUUUGGUUCACGCCUGGACAGUUCUUGGGAAAUAUUGUGAUCAGGAGAGAUGGCAGUCAUAUACAAUCUUUCCAUCUGGCUGUGCCAACUAACAGAAGUCUAAACGUGGAUAUGGAAUGGUUAGUGGAAGUCUCAGAAACAAAUGAAGGGGAAACUAUUGUAGAAGGCAGUGAGGGACCUGGUAACAUGGAAGUUGACAUUGGAUUUCUCCCCCGAAUGGAGCUACAUAGUACAGUGCCAUCAGUUGCGCAAGAUGGGAAGCAAAGUGAUGGAAAAGGGACAUCUUCCAGCCAAAAUAUCAAAUGGGACAAAGAGAUUUCUUUUCAGGAAGCUUACAGUGCCCUUGAAGCGAAAUUCUACUCUUUCAAAAAGGUCCCUUACUUACCGUUCCAAGAUGCUAUUAACAGGGCAAAAGCAGAAAACAAACUUGUUCAUCACAUUCUGUUGUGGGGAGCUUUAGACGAUCAAUCAUGCUGAGGUUCAGGGCGGACUCUCCGAGAUGGUCCCUUGGAGAGUUCGCCUAUAGUCCAUCUAUUAAUGAAGAAAUUCAUCAGUACUUGGACACUAGUAGCAGAGCUUAAGGAUCUAGCUGCUAAUGGUACAAACGUUGAAGUGACUGAAGCAGCUAAAGCACACUUGGAUAGUUACAGGUUUCCUGUGGAGUCUAUGGUUUCUCUUCCAAACGGGACUGUUUUGUCAAGAAUGAAUGCAAAUGAUUUAUUGGAGGGUUCAUCAAAUGCAGAAGAGAGUCUUCCUACAGGAUUCGCCGAUGAUUUAAGUUUUAUGUACUACAAGUUUCUGGAGGAAGGUGUCGCCAAGGCCAAGCAAUUUAACUAGAUAAUACAACAAUAGAAAAUAAUGUCAUUUGCAGCAUAGAGCUAGUUAUUUUAUUAUGAAAGAAGAAGAGCGGUUUUCAAUUGAGUGCCGAAAGUAAUCAGACGCUUUGGUUUUGGUUUUACUACAGUUUGAGAUUGGUUCAGUAGUCUAAUUGAUAAGCCAUGAGUAAUUGGUUUGGUUUUACGACACUCAAUUGAAAACCGCUCUAAAGUAAAUCAAAAAAGAGAAAAAUACAAUUUCUCGACACACGUUAGGUAGUUUAACUUAUUGAGGUGGCAAGAGUUCUUUAUAAAAUAGUUGCAACCAAAUGCUAAGACAAUUUAUCGUCUGGCCUACAAAUAAUACAAAUUAAAAAUAAAUCAAGAGAGGUAUGGAGUAUUCAGAAUAAUAAACGACAUGUGAUUAUCGCAGGGCCAAAAGUCGUAAAUGUAAAUGAAAAGACAACUUUUAUUAGAGGUAUAUAGCUUUAAAAAGGCGAGGUAGUCAGCUGUAAAUUGUUUAUGACGGGCUGUUUUUCCGAAUUUGAAAAGCCAUGAUUUUUUCGGGGUUUCCUUUUAUUACACGAAUUAGCAUGCUAUGAGGCUCUCGUGUUUGGGAUUCGCUCUGCUUUCUUAUCUUGGUUUCACGCUUUCACGAAAGUGAGUUCACGGGCAGGACCCCAAACAAGAGAAACUUGGUAACCUAGGGUGUUAAAUUUUGGCUGUAUACCCCGCCCCCUUAAAACCACCACUCAUCGACGUUAUGAUGAGAUCCGAGAUCUUGUUGUUUUCCCUUCACUUUUUUACUUUUUUAGUGUAAAAUUACUUAUUAUCCACUUUUUUUUACUUUAAAUUAACAGUAAAACAACAACAACAACAACAACAACAACAACAACAACAACAACAACGUCAAAGUGUACCAAUAUGCUGGUGUUGCCUUUUUUUUAUUUAUAAAAACAUAGUUAAAUUUCACAAUUAUUAUUUUACGUCUUUCCAUUCGUUAUGCUUCUCUAAAUGACGACAACUUUACUAAACACAGGUCCUCUGUAUGAAGGUUGUUUGAUGUACCGAGAAACUUGAAUGAAUCGGGGAAAAAAAUCUACUUUUACAAAGAACUUUCUUAUUUUUCUUUUAAUAUCAUAGAAUUCACUUUUUAGGCUUUACAAUAAUUUUAUAAUGUAAA